AUGUCGGCCUCGACACACUCGAGCGCGACUGACGUCGACGACGGGAGCAGCAGCGACGCGCCGCAAGUCGAAGCGCUCUUCCUGAUCAAGUUCGACAAAAGAGUCGGCUACACAAUCGCAUGGAAACGCACCGCCAACGACACAGACCUGGAUGGUGUUGAGUUCAAGUCGCUGCCAUCCGGCCUACAUACGCGUGCAAACGAUCUCGUCUACUUCACGCAUGACGGCUACGCCGGGCUGGGCGCAUUCGCCAGGGGUGAUGCAAGUGCAGAGGACAGGAAUGCGAACUUCGUCUCUGUUGGCCUGUUGGUCAGGAGAGAGGGAGGAUAUGGCCGGCUAGGCAGGGGGUGGCUGCUGGCUGGGCGACUGGAGAAGAUUGCGGCAGCGCUGGCUAAGGAGGAGACGGUAGCACUUUUGGAGGAGUUCUGGGCGGAUCAGACGAGCAGGACGAAAACAACGCACACAGACAGCAAGGGGUCCAUCCGCGAUCGCGCAAUCUCGACAGUCACGGCCAUACCCAAGGACGAAGCGCGGCUGCCCGAGUACCAUCCUGCGCUGGCGAUACUGCAGUACCUCACCUUGUUUGGCCCGUUGGUGUUCAGGCUGCAACAGGCGGCGCUGCUGAGGAAGCGCAUCCUCUUCGUGGGCAGUCCGCCAGUGCGGACGACAUGCGAGUUUGUCUACAACCUCUCCGUCCUCUCCAGCAUCUCCCCGCGCGACGCCGAACACCUCGCGCCGGGCACCGAGGACCUCCUCCGCCUCCCCUCACUCUUCUCCGUUGGUGUGCACGACAUACCCUACCUCGAGGACCUGCGCAACCCCAAGGGCGGCCACACACCGGGCCACGAGACAGCCGAGGGCUGGGUCGCGUGCACGACGGACGAGAUCAUCGCAACUAAGCAAGAGCUGUACGACAUCGUCGUCGAGGUCCCGCACGUCAACGGCUCAAAAGCACAGCAGCGACACUGGCCGAAGCUGCGCACGAGCGAGGGAGACGUGAUCAGGGCUAGCCAGCGCGACGUCGCACGGUAUAAGCUGCUGCACCGUGAGCUGUGGAAGCACCACCAGCAGGCCACUGAGACUUUCCAUGAUGAAGACGAACAGAACGACGACGCAUCACCGCUGAUAUCGCACGACGAGAUCGAUGCCAAGCGCGCAGACGACGACUUCAACGAGGCCUACGACGACACAGCCGUUGAGCCUAUCACAUGGUCACGACUCGCAUACCAGGGCUUCAUGUGGUGGGCGAGCGCUGGAGAGCGAGAUGCAUACACUACGGCAGAAAAGGAUCUUGACCGCGAGCUUGUCGGCGACAUAGCUGAGUACGAAGACUCGGUCGAGACGGCAGUCAUUGCAUACUUCCACCGGCAAUCAUCGCUCUUGAUCAAGGUGUUGUCCCAACUGAUCGAGAGCGAGCAUGAGAACGAAGAAAGAGAAGGCGAGGAGGGUGAUGCGCUGUGGAUCGACCGAGACGAUCUUAGCAGGAUGGGCCUCGACACAUGGAGUGAGGCAGACCGUGCGUAUGUGCAGGAGUUUGGAAGCCUGUACUUUGGGCGGAGAGUCGAGAUCAGAGGAAACGAGGUGGACUGUUGCGGGUUGAGAGUUCCCCUAUUGUAG